AUGCCAACUCAAGACUAUUGGCUUACCCGAGGGAGCUCUCAUCGGAUCUGCUACGAUGAAUUUUGCCUUUGUCCAGCGUAUCAUUGAACACAUUAACGAGAAGCCCCCGGGGGGUACUUUAGGCUACAAUACUAGGUCUCCUGCAAUCUUCUUAAGACCGGCAAAGGUGGCUUGAGGCCGAGAUUAUAUAACGGAGUCGAAUUGCGAGCUCUGCUUACGAACGUUUUGAACGCAGGCAGUGAGCAUAGUAGCUUGAACUUGACACAGCUCUUCUCUCGGGGUCUGGCAGUGCUUAGUCCAGAAGCCCUCGCCCGUUUUGACGUGGUCCUACCCACGCAGCUGGUCGGUCUACCAUCUUGCAAAGGCUUCUCGGAACUGACGGUGGUGUCCAGGAUGACGACACGCAGGUUGCUGAGUCGGUGGACAAUGUGGAGGAAGUCUAUACGCGUCUGAAAUUGCAGUGCUGAAUGUAGUUCUCCUGUUGCGGACGUGCUGACUGACAGGUGUGUUGUUCUCCUCCACAGCAGGAGACCAUCUGCCGAAUGCAGUAGCGUCCGUAUCUUUAGCAGCAUGCCGAUGACCUCGACAGGCCACACGACUGCCCGACACGUUCUCAUACAUACGCUUCCAUGCAUAGGCCUGAGACUUGGCAUGACUUUCCAUAGCUCUGGCUCGCAUCAUUUGCAGGGCAGACGCGUUCCUAUCGAUGGCUCUCCGUUCACAGGUGCAGCCACUGAAGGCGUUCAGAAGGACUGGUGCCUGGAGGUGCCUGUCGAUUCAAGUCAUGUGCUCGAAGGAGAGAGCUGGCGGCGGUGGGAAGAUGCACUGCCACGCAAUGCAUGCAAGCUUGAACCUUCGUUUCAGAAUCGUGGGUUUAGGAACAAGGUGCUGACGGAUCCGCUCCGGCUCCUGUGCAGCGUGUCUUCAUUGAGACGUCAGGGCACGUAUUGUUUGAGAUGGGCAGGCAGAAGAACUUGCACGGAGAGAGGGAGAUGUACAGCAGAAGCACUGAAGCAGCGGGGACCGGCUAUUGGCCCUCGCGAUUCGGCGAACAUGUUCACAGUGCACACGCACAUGCCGAGAGCCGCUUGA